AAAAUGUACAAGAAAAAGAUAUAUGAAAAAGAAAAGAGAGAAUAAAGAGAGAAAGAGAGAAAUAGAAACCUCAUCUUUAAACCUCUUUCAUUGGUUUAUACGCUCUAAAAACGGCCGCGUUGAGUUCGAGUGAAAAACCGAGACAAGCCAGAUAGGGGCAAACACCUUUCCUGUCUUCGCGGCGUGGCUAUCAAGAAGGCGAGGUAUAUUGCGGCGCAGCGUGGCGCCCUUGCAAGGACAGCAGCCUUUUCAAUGUAUUCCAGCUCGUGAAUUUUUAACUCACUCUCCAUUACGCGUUUCACCGAGCCAGAUUCAAUUUGAAACGCGCUCACGUGACGAUGAAUUUACCUGUACGAUUAGCAGCAAAUAGUUGUGUUUGCUGAUGACAACAUUUCGAGUCUAUACGGAUUCUCUGAACUGUAUCGAUGCUGAAAGUGGUAUCGUCUACGAUACUUUCAUUGAGAAUAAAUUAUCAUGCUCGCAAAGACAGACGGAAAGAAAUAUCUUACAAAUAUCCUACAGUUAAUGAACAUUGCAUGAGACGAAUAAGGCAGAGGAAGAGAUACACAAGUUCUUCCAUCAGAAAUAGAAAAAAAAAAAUCUCAUCUUGAUUUAGAGAUGUUCCUCCUUCUCCUCUUCGUCGGAAAUUCGCCGACUCCCUUCAGCGGUCGCGUCCAGCAGAAAAGAUAAAGGCCUGUUAAGGCCUGUCCAGAUUUGCAUAAAGCGUAGGUACGCAGAAGAAGGAGAAAGGAGUAGCAGUCGAUCAUGCGUCUAAGGAACGCAAUUGGCAUCCUUCGCGUUAAGCAAAACUCGACCUAGAUCGAUGGAUUUUUUUCUUCUUGCGCGCGAGAAUGCGGGUUACGCGAUUAUGCAAAUCGGACAAACAAAACUUUUGCGCGAUUCUCUCGAUGUGACGCAUUUUACGUUUAUCAAGCGCGUAUCUUUAAUUGAUUAAAAAAGAAGAUGAAAUUACCAGCAAAUACAUUGAAAGUUCUCCAGCCGCUGUCUUCUUGCCCGCAAUUGCUACUCUACAGUUUAAACAGGUGAUCAUUCUUUCCUGACUUUCAAGAAUGCUCAACGUAAAGGGUUAUACGCUUGUAACAGGACCUCCAUUGUCAUGUAUGUAUAAUCGGAGCACGUAUCUAAUCAAGAUUAAAAUGAAUGCAAUAUCAUGUUAACUCAUGACGAGGAUAACAUUCAUUUUUUAUUAAAUAUUUACCAUAUCCAUCUUGAUUUAUUUGUUUAUCGGUUACGCUUCAUACAUAAUUCGCAUUGCGUUUACCAUCAGGUGCAUUCUCGUGAGAGCCUUCGACAGAGAACUGUUUGCUCAUUAGAGAAGCGGCUAAUGCAGAGCGACGACUUCGGCCGAGACACCGGAGUUAUUCUUUCUCUCUCUCUCUCUCUCUCUCUCUCUCUCUCUCUCUCUCUCCCUGUUCCAUUCGCACUCGCGAGAAACCAGUUGCGAUUUUUCACGCAGUGGGAACUAGAAGCCGUUCCCUACUAUAAAUAGCCUUCGGGUUUUGCACUGGGGCUGACGAUGUCGGCCUCCGACACGGCGACGACGGUAGAUGCGGUAGAAACGCGACUGAGAGAGCAAAGAGGGUCCAUGUCAUGGUCUGCGUUGGAAUUUUUAUUAGAUGAGAAGGAGAGGCAUCGUCACGGGCGAUCGAUUGACUCCGCUUGAUGAAACUGCCAUCGUUUCGCCCGGAAGUCGAUUUAAGGAAACGCCCAAUGUGUUCGGAAAUCCGAUAAGCGAUUUUGGUCGUCUCUACCAUUGGAUCCAACCUUAGCUAGGAAUAUCUCGAGGAGUGCCCUCGUGAACCGCGUCUAUUUCUUACAGCCACUUCCAAAUGUCACGACGAAAAAAUUCUCGUGACACGAGAUAACGAUGUCAAAAUCGAUAGAAUAUUAUUAAAACGAUUCGUCCGUUACGAACGAAAUCGUUAAAUGUGAAAUCGUGUGCCGAUUAAAUUCCAAUAGAGAGAUAUUUUUAUUUACAAGGGUUCUAAUAAAAGUUUUCUCUCACGCAUUGAGAAAUAUCGUAAAUACGGAAACGCAGGAUAUACUCCGGACGAAAUGGCGUACGACGAUGUUAUUCUUCGUAUGGGCGAGUUCGGUCGCUACCAGCGCAGAAUCUAUCUUCUACUCUGUCUUCCAGCAAUAUCGUGUGCCUUUCACAAGCUAGCUGGCGUAUUUCUCGGAGCCAAAAUGGAUUCGAGGUGUUUACUUCCACACGAGAACGCGGAGAACGUCACGUUUCACCUAAGCCAGGAUGUAUUGAACGCGAGCUAUCCAUGGGACUACGAACUCCGAGGGUGGUCCCAGUGCAUGAGGCGUGACAUUAUCGGCCUCACGAAUGGCACGAUUAUUGGAACUGCUAUUGGUAACGGCACCGAAGAGGGAGGCAUCAGUAGUUGCAAGGAAUAUGUGUACGACAGAAGUGUGUACAAAAGUACAACCACUUCCGAGUGGAACUUGGUCUGUGACAAGGCGUGGCUGAGAGCGACGGGGGACUCGUUGUUCAUGGUAGGAGUCAUGCUUGGCUCGAUGUUAUUCGGCGGUUUGUCUGAUAAAUAUGGUCGUAGACCAAUUUUCUUCCUGUCUUUAGUCAUACAGCUGGCUGGCGGUAUAUUAGUCGCUGUCGCGCCCGAAUUUAUUUCCUACGUAAUCUUCAGGCUAAUUGUUGGCUCAACCACCAGUGGGGUGUUCUUAGUGGCUUAUGUCAUAGCUUUGGAGAUGGUCGGACCGAAAAAGCGACUAGUAGCCAGUGUCGGUUGCCAAUUAUUUUUUACUACCGGAUAUAUACUCACCGCUGGUUUCGCGUAUUUUAUUACCGACUGGAGAAUGCUACAAGUAGCUAUCACAGUACCAAGUAUCGCGUUUCUACUUUAUUGGUGGUUUAUUCCCGAGUCUGCUCGAUGGCUUCUAACAAAAGGUCGACUCCAAGAAGCGAAGGAUUUGCUGCAACGUGCUUCUCUGGAAAAUGGUGUAGAGAUGCCAAGCGAGGUUUUAGAUACGCUUCUUAAUAAUAACAGUGAGGAUAGUAUGCCCGAUACGAAAAAGCCUUCGCUCUUCGAUCUGUUCCGUUAUCCGAACUUAAGGCGAAAGAGCAUGCUUCUGUUUUUUAAUUGGCUCGUUAACAGUGGCACGUACUAUGGAUUAUCUUGGCACGCGUCCAAUCUUGGUGGUAACGACUACGUCAAUUUUGUAAUAUCUGGAAUUGUGGAAGUACCGGCAUACACAUUCCUGAUUUUCACUCUGAAUCGCUGGGGCAGAAAGAUCAUUAUUUGUGGAUGUAUGAUGUUGUCCGGCUUAGCAUUACUUGCCACGUUAUUUAUCCCUGCCAAUAUGCCGUGGUUAAUCGUUUGUUCAGCAAUGAUAGGAAAACUUGCUAUUACCUCCUCUUAUGGCGCAAUUUAUGUGUUUACUGCCGAACAAUUUCCGACUGUCAUUCGAAACGUCGGAUUGGGUGCGAGUUCCACCUUUGCCCGAAUUGGCGGAGUUAUCGCUCCAUAUGUUAAUCAUUUGUCUGAAGUAUGGAUGCCAUUACCAUUAGUUAUAUUCGGAUCUUGCGCCUUAUUUGGUGGACUAAUGUCUCUUCUUCUUCCGGAGACUCUGAACAAAAAACUUCCUGAAUCGAUUCAAGAUGGCGAACUUUUUGGAAAGAAGCCUAAGAAGAAGAAGAAACAGCAGUUGAUGCUCGAACAGCUAAAUGACGUAGAAAUAAUAAAACCAUUGAAAGCGCAAGAGAAGCAGAAUGGUGUACAUGAAAAACAGAAUGGAUGACAUUAAUUUACGAACAUCAAUGUCGGUAUUACAUUCAAAAUAUGUAUCCGAUUCCCAUCUGACCAUACUUUAGAUGUCUGCCACAUGCAGUACACACGCCUACAGGGAACUUGGUAACGCGAUGAUACCAUCGAAUUUUGGUCUGAACUUCUAAUACCUACAAUCAAUUAACAUCUAUUCGUUCUUGAUCGAGCGAUCGUAUCUCAAGUGAGUUGGAUUAGACGUAAAAAUUAUUUAUACAGAAACAAAAGUUAAUCAACUAUUAGAAGAUACGUACAUGUUCUAAUACUUUGAAAGUAGAUACGAUGAUGGCGUUUAUUUAGAUGUCACCAUAAUGUGUUGCGAUAGUCCAUAAACGAUAAGAAUUCUGCCGACAAACAUAUCACUAUCUCGACAUCUAAAUAAAUAAAUCCUUUAUAAAUAAUGGCUACGGAUUAUGUAUGAAACAUUGCAACUUAUCAAUAUAAAAACUUUUUUGCUAGUA